AUGCGGCUCUGGACAACUGGUACCUUCAGACUACUGCAGCGGCCUACGCCACGAUGUUACUCGACAGGCGCCGAGAUAUCUGAAGAAGACCUGAGCAAAGCGCGAGAGUGGUACCGCACCUUCUCCCAAGAUCCCGCGGCGGUAACAGACAGCCUUGGUGAGUUGACGUACUCGAGAUCGAGUGGUCCAGGAGGUCAAAAUGUCAAUAAGGUCAAUUCCAAGGCUCAAUUACGAGUACCAGUAGGGCAGCUACUCUCACGACUACCGACUGCUCUGCAUGCCAGCAUUCGGACAGGCCGCUAUUACGCGCAAAAGAGUGACUCGCUUCUGAUCCAGUCAGAUGAGAGCAGAAAACAGAGCGAGAACAAGCAGAAUUGCUUCCGCAGACUGUCAGAACUGAUUGACGAUGAAUUCAAGAAGAUCGUGCCGGCCGAAACCUCGAAAUCACAAGCAGUGAAAGUCAAGAAAUUGCAGAGAUCAGAGAACGAAGCUCGACUGAGGAUGAAGAAGCUGCAGUCUUCCAAGAAGGCUGCAAGGUCGAAGAGCUUCGAUUGA